AUGGAAAGAGUCAACAGCACAUCGUUGACUGAGUUCAUUCUCACAGGAAUUCCUUACCCACUCAGACUGAGGACGUUUCUGUUUGUGUUCUUUUUGCUAAUCUACAUCCUGACUCAGCUGGGAAACCUGCUUAUUCUGGUCACUGUCUGGGUAGACCCGCAGCUCCAUGCCCGUCCCAUGUACAUCUUUCUUGGUGUUCUCUCCAUCAUUGACAUGGGCAUCUCUACGACCAUUGUCCCUCGCCUCAUGAUGAAUUUCACUCUAGGCAUCAAACCCAUCCCAUUUGGUGGCUGUGUUGCUCAACUCUAUUUCUAUCACUUUUUGGGCAGCACCCAGUGCUUCCUCUACACCCUGAUGGCCUACGAUAGGUACCUGGCAAUAUGCCGACCCCUGCGCUACCAUGUUCUCAUGAAUGCUAAGUUGAGUACCUUGCUUGUGGCUGGAGCUUGGGUGGCAGGAUCCAUCCAUGGGGCUCUCCAUGCUAUCCUAACGUUCCGUCUGCCCUACUGUGAGCCAAACCAGGUAGAUUACUUCUUCUGUGACAUCCCUGCAGUUUUGAGGCUAGCCUGUACUGAUACAACAGUCAAUGAGCAAGUGACCUUUGUGGACAUUGGGGUGGUGGUUGCCACUUGCUUCUCCCUGAUCCUCCUCUCCUAUGUACAGAUCACUCAGGCCAUCCUGAGAAUCUGUACAACUGAUGGGCGUCGCCGAGCCUUUUCAACCUGUGGAGCCCACGUAACCGUGGUAACCGUGUACUAUGUGCCCUGUGCCUUCAUCUACCUGAGGUCUGAAACCAACAGCCCCCUGGAUGGGGCAGCCGCCUUAUUUCCCACAGCCAUCACUCCUUUCCUCAACCCCCUCAUCUACACUCUGCGGAACCAAGAGGUAAAACUGGCCCUGAAGAGAAUCAUAGGAGGCCCUGAGACUAAGAGUGAGGUUUGA